GUUUAGAAACGAAGAUGGCGACCUUUCAAUGUAGGGUCCAGUUUCUCGACGAUACUGACCCUUUUUCGAGUACAAACUUUCCAGAACCAACGCGACCGCCAUCAUACACAUUCCUUACAAACGUACCGUUGGUCAACCAGAUUGCCGGAGUUCGCAGGCAGUUAUGCGCGCCUCACAAAUUAGAAGACUGUGCUUUACAGUUAUAUAAAUAUACUGGAAGUCAGGGAGAAUAUGGGACAUAUCUGGAUCUUGAAUCUACCAUUGAUGAACAGUGGGAUGAGCUAGAAGGAUUUACAGACCAGAGAAAGAACACAAUAAUUUUGAGAACACAGCUAUCAGUGCGAGUCCAUGCCGUCAUAGAGAAACUUCUAAAUGCAAGUGGCAGAGAACUGAGACGUGCCUUGUUUUCUCUCAAACAAAUUUUUCAGGAUGACAAAGACCUGGUUCAUGAAUUUGUCAACAAUGAUGGACUUAUGUGUCUCAUUAAAGUCGGCUCUGAAGCUGAUCAGAACUACCAGAACUAUAUUUUACGAGCCCUGGGCCAAGUGAUGCUCUAUGUGGAUGGCAUGAAUGGAGUGAUAGCUCACCCUGAAACUCUACAAUGGCUCUAUUCCCUCAUUGCUUCCAAAUUUCGUCUUGUUGUGAAAACUUCACUCAAGUUGCUGUUGGUGUUUGUUGAGUACACAGAAUCUAACACUAGUCUUCUCCUGAAUGCAUUUAAUGACUUUGAUAAACGCAGAGGUGCCAAACCUUGGGUGAAUAUCAUGAAUAUCCUGAAUGAGAAAGAAGGAGGAGAUUCUGAACUACUUGUAUAUGCCUCAACUCUUGUCAAUAAAGUUCUCAAUGCUAUCCCAGACCAGGACUCCUUCUACGACUUGGUGGACUCAUUAGAGGAACAGGGGAUUGAGAAGAUAAUCAAAAAACACAUGGAAAAGAAAGGUGCUGCAGAUAUAGACCUUUUGGAACAGUUUCAGAUAUAUGAGGCUGUCUUGAAAGCUGAGGAUGGGGAGGAUGAUCCUAAUAUGGUCAACAUAGAAAAUCUCAGGAGAACACCUCGUCAGAAAAGUGAAGAUGAAAGUCGAAAAAGUAGACGCUAUUCUACAGGUAACCAACCUGCUACGCCACCUACUGGGAGAUCUAUGAAACUACAACAAACCUUGCCAACUACCAGUGAACACCCUGAAGACAAAAAUGAGGACCCCAGAGAAAGACGAAGAAGGGAACGACGGGAAUGUGCACGUAAAGCCGCAGAAGAACAAGAACAACAGAAGAAUAUGGCAAACCAGCAACAAAGAUGGCAGAAUCGUGAACAGACUCCUGAGCUUGAAGAUAGUGGUCGUAGACGACGCAGACAAAGACAGGAUGAAAAUGAAGACAAAACACCUCCACCCUGGGCUAAUCAGCAUACGGAGCCUGAAAGUAAGAUGGAUGGUGGACAGUCAAGUGACACUCCAAGGAGAAUAUGGCGCCCUCCAGUGAAUGACGAAGAAGUAGAAUCAUCCCCUGAACCUGUAAAGCAAAGUUCAUUUGUACCAAGAGAUCGAAGGAGACGUGAACGUCGUGAGAGACAGCGCUCUCUUACAAAGGAACAAUCCCAGCUGACCAAAGAAUUAAGAGAAGCUAUAUCAAAGAGGGAGGAGGGAAAAGAAUGGAAAAGUCCAGAUUUAGAAGUCAAUAGAACUUAUAACUCCCCAAUGAGGGAGCCACAGGAGUCUCAAGCCACAGUACAGAGCUCUUUAGAAAAGGAGACAGAUAAUAAUAUUGACUCUUCAAAAUUAGAGGAGAGGACAAAUGUAUCAGAAAGUGGCACAGAUACAACAAGUUCAACAUUAGAAAACGAUGAAGUAUUUAGUAAUAAAGAUACAAAUACAACGAGGACUUCCAUUGAAAAAACAAAGUUACCCACCACUGAGGGUGAUAACAUAUCUCUAGCUAGUACAACGAGUACUCUAAGUACGUUGUCUUCAGCAUCAUGCAGUAGUUUAACUACACUACAAGAUAGCAGUGUCAAAAAUCCCUCUGUAGGUUCACUAAGUGAUAUGGAAAACAGAGACCUAGAUGACACUGUUCGACCAAUGAGGAAGCAGUUUAGACGUUCAUCAGCAUUAGAGGACGGUGAACAAGAACUUAUCCCCAAUCACAAGUACCAAAAUUCUAGCGAAUCUGGCUAUCUCAGUACGGGUGAGUCACAUGACCAGUCACAUGACCAACAGAACUAUAAUGACAUUGAGUCUCAUAAUAAUCGUCGAAAUGAAUCUCUUAAUCAACAACUUGAUAACGCUCCAUUGAGCCCAACUAGUCUCGACCAGCCAUCCAUUCCCGCGGGAAUCUCCAACAAUAAACGCUGGAUGUUGUAUAAGAUCUCCAGUAUGAAGAACAAGGAGGCACAGCAAGCGGCAGAACAACAGCUUACAGAACUGAACAAGGGCUUUAGCAUGGAUGGCGACAGUCUUAGUUCUAGGAUAGAAAAUCUACAACGUGGCGGUGAUACUUUAAUGCCUGGUGGCCCAGAUGAUCUGAACAACCAAGGCACGGUGCAAUCAGUUGCAGGUAUGAUCGGUUCCCAGAAUGGCAUUGAUCCUGGUAGUGCCAAGUCUCCCACUGGUGAUCUAAGCGGGCUUAUUGGAAGAGCCAAGGAUGGUUUGAUAUCUAAGCCCUUAGCCACAGUUGAUCCAUCAGAAGUGCAGGGCAAACAAAAAACUGAAAGUGAAGUCCAAUGGGACAUGCUACGUCGUACAACUUGCCGUCCUUUGAAAAUUCAUGGACUUGAUUUCACAGACUUACAAAAUGAUGGGGAUCUUGAUGUAUUGAAUCCCCCCAUACCUGCUGGACAGGGAGGAAUCCCUCCCCCUCCUGGUGGUGGCAUACCUCCACCUCCUCCUGGGUUUGGUCUUCCAGGAAUGAUACCUCCUCCACCUUCACUUGGAGGGCCACCACCACCGCCCCCACCCUUCGGUGCUCCCCCACCCCCUCCCCCUGGAAAUACAGACUCUCUCCAGAGGAAAUCAAAGACAGUCCGCCUUCAUUGGCGGGAGUUACAAAACAAUACUCCUAACCCUGUUGUGAAGGAUUCUAUCUGGGAUAGGUUGAGCAAAGUGACCCUUGACAAAGAAAAACUAGAACAUCUCUUCGAAACAAGGAAUGUAGAACUCAAGACAAAGAAGGGAGAUACUUCAGGGAAAAAGGAAAAUAUUGUGUUGGAUCCAAAACGUUCCAACGCCAUAAAUAUUGGAAUGACCGUCCUUCCCCCUCCCAGGACAAUCAAGACGGCCAUCUUGAAAAUGGACAGCGCCAUCAUGAACAGAGAAGGCAUUGAUAAAAUCUUGAGUACCAUGAUCCCUACGGAUGAGGAGAAAACAAAGAUCCUUGAAGCCCAAAUGGCAAAUCCUGACCUGCCCCUUGGUACUGCUGAACAGUUCCUUCUCACCCUCUCAUCUGUCAGUGAACUAAAGUCCCGCCUGGAGCUCUGGGCAUUUAAACUGGAUUACGACUCCGCAGAAGAGGAGGUAGCAGAACCCUUGAUGGAUCUGAAACAGGCCAUUGAUGAUCUGAAGGCCAACCGUACAUUCAAAAAUAUUCUUGCCACAUUACUUGCCAUUGGGAGCAUCCUAAACGGCCACCAGGUGAAGGGCUUCAACCUAGAGUAUCUUGCCAGGGUACCAGAGGUUAAAGACACAGUCCAUAAGCAUUCAUUGUUACACCAUCUAUGUGGCACAGUUAUGGAACAGUUCCCAGAUAGUACAGAUCUCUACUCAGAAAUUGGUGCAAUAGCUAGAUGUGCAAAGGUUGACUGGGAUGAAUUGAGCUUGAAACUCGGCAACAUGGAGUCCGACUGCAAAACAUCCUGGGACAAUCUGCGCACGAUUGCCAAACAUGACAGCAAUUCUCCAAUGAAGACCAAGCUAUCGGAGUUCUUGUCUGACUGUGCUGAAAGGAUUAUUGUCUUAAAAAUUGUACAUAAAAGAGUUCUUAAUAGGUUUAAUAAGCUGCUACUGUACCUUGGCUACAGUGUAAGUAUGGCUAAAGAGGUUAAAGUCAGCUACUUCUGCAAGGUUGUUAGUGAGUUCUCAUUGGAAUACCGCACAACACGGGAGAAAGUCAUGAUCCAAAGGCAAAAGAAAGCGAAUAACAGGGAAAGGAGGAAAACAAGGGGAAAAAUGAUAGUUGAUACUGGAAAAUUUGCCAAACCAAAGGAAGAUGAUAUGCUUAAGAAAGUGUUAACAAAUGGCCAUACUGGGAGUGAGAAUGAGAAGGAGAACACUAACAGUUUGCCAGGGGCAAGGACAAGAAAAAGAAUGUCUAUGGGCUCUGUGGACAACCUGACAGUGCCUAGAAGAAGCAACAGACACAGCCAAGGUGGGACCGACUCAGAAUCUGUCUAUGACACUCAAGAUGAUGAGAUGUUAGAGGCAUGUCUUAAAACAGCUACAACUACGCCAUCUGGUAGAGCCCCACGAGAACGUAGGAGGCGAGCUCGUGACCAGAAUAGGAAGUCUCUGAGAAGAACAUUAAAGAAUGGAUUAACUGAUGAAGAAAAACAUGACCUUCUUGCUCAAGCCCUGAGAUAAAAUGUCUAAAAUAUCAGCUUUACCACCUGAAUUGAUGAAACUGUGUUAACUGGAGCAAAACAUGAAGCAAUAAAAACAGACUGGAUGCAGUGAUUGUCUGCUGUGAGUGUUGCAUUAUGGGAACAACAAAAAUAGACUUUGUUCCGUCUGCUAAUACUGUUGCAUUAUGGGAUAUAUCAAAAGAACAUGCCAAAUUCAAAGAUGCAAUGCUGCAGUGUUAUAAAGAAAUCCUGGAGGGUGUUGAUUGUUGAUGUAUAAUGGUGCAGUAAGGCCUUACCUAUUUAUUUAUUAAGGGUUCUCACAAAACAAAUGGCCAAGAGGGCUAUGAGAACCGUAAAUUCAUAUUCUUGGCCUAAAUAAAGUUUAUUAGCUGUAUAUGAGCAUUGGGUGUAUAUAUGUUGGGCAUAUAUUGUAGCCCUCUUGUAUAUCAUAGCUAGAC